CCAAAUGAAAAGGCCCAGCUGCUACUAAUCCCGACCACAUCCUUAUUUCCCAAUCUCUCUGUCUCUCUCUCCAAGAACCCUAGCUGCUCAACUUCUCUCCCCAUUCAUCCACUUUCUGGCUGUUCCUGCAUGCAACCUCCAACAAUGGCAUGCAGCAACCCCAUUCUCUAUUCCCCUAAUCACCUUCCCCACUCAUCGUAAGCCCUGUUUUCCCUAGACCCCAAUCCUUCCUGCUGCAGCCCACAGGUGCAAGAUUCGAAACCCAAAGGAGGAGCCAGUUUCUUGUUUGAUUGGAUUUAAUCAGUCUGAACUAAGAAAAAAGGUGGAUACUAUAUCUCAGAUCUGUUCCCUUCGAGUUUGUUGCUCUAGUUCAAGGAAACAAGUGUUUUGCUUACCCAAAUUCUAACGGAUAAGGAGUGGCUUUUACCUCUGCGAGUAACCUUGCCUCACACUUCACUAGUUGACUUCUUUGGACAAUCAAAACUACUUAUUUAGUCUGCUAGCUUCUCAAUACCAACUGUGUGCCCCAUGGAUAAAGGAUGGAUGGACAAACCUAGGCACACUCCUGUAUACCUAGAAGGGUUGGAAAGAUUCUUAAAUUUUGCAUUUGGUAAUUCUGCUGUCAGAAAUAAAAUACUAUGCCCUUGUCGAAAGUGUGUGAACUCAUCAUGGAGAGAAAGAACUGAUGUUCGUGAGCACUUGAUUUGUGAGGGAUUUAUAGAGGGGUACAGGAUAUGGAUGUUUCAUGGGGAAACAAGUUCAUCAUUUAUGGAUAAUCAUGAGAAUGACUAUGACAUAAAUGAGGGUGAAGAUAAUUUGGACGAAGAUGAUGAUAUUUCUAAUUUGCUUGGAGACUUAGCAUGUGGUUUAGAUGAUAGAGGGGAUCUAGAAGAUGAUGGUAGUUUGGAUGGGUCAUCCAAUGAAGAUGCAGAGGCCCUUCGUGCAUUAGGAGAAGAUGCUGGUCAAUCACUGUACCCAGGGUGUAAUAACUAUUCAAAACUACAGUUUUUAGUUAGGCUACUUCAUACCAAACUAGUUGGGGGUUGGACAGAUAAAAGUUUUGACAUGCUGUUGGACUUACUAAAUGAUGCUUUUCCUGGAGGGUCAACACUCCCUAAGAACUAUAAUGAAGCAAAAAAAAUAGUGAAAUGCCUAGGUCUUGGUUAUGUUAGCAUUCAUGCAUGUGAGAAUGAUUGCAUUCUAUUCUGGAAAGAUCAUUCUAAUGCUAAUAGUUGCCCAAAAUGCAAAACUUCACGGUGGAAAUCUGAAAAUAAAAGCCUAGAUGGAAAACGUGUGCACAAGGUUCCAAAUAAAGUUCUUCAUUAUUUCCCAAUAAAGAAAAGGCUACGAAGAUUGUUUAUAACCCCAAGUACAGCACGUGACAUGAGAUGGCACGAUGAGGAGCGCACGAAAGAUGGUUUACUUAGGCACCCAGCAGAUUCCCAAUGCUGGAAACAUGUUGACUACAUGCAUCAGGAGUUUGGUUCAGAUGCCCGCAAUGUGAGGCUUGCAAUGGCUACAGAUGGUUUUAAUCCAUUCCGAUCUAUGAAUGUUAAUUAUAGCAUAUGGCCUGUUAUUCUGAUUCCAUACAAUCUGCCACCUUGGAAGUGUAUGAAGCAACCAAACUUCAUCCUUUCAUUGUUAAUUCCCGGUAAACAUGCACCUGGUAAUAACAUGGAUGUUUAUUUUGAGCCAUUAGUUGACGACAUGUUUGAUUUGUUUGUUAAUGGUGUUAGAACAUAUGAUGCUUCAAAGGGUGAGAAUUUUCAACUUUGUGCUGCCAUAUUAUGGUCUAUCACAGAUUUCCCAGGUCUAGGUUAUGUGGUUGGAUGUACUACCUCCGGUGAAGGGGCAUGCGCUGAUUGCCACUCAAAUACAUGUUCUUUAUUUUUAAAAAAUGGGAGUAAGACCUGCUACAUGGGGCAUCGUAGAUUCUUAGAUGCAAACCAUGAAUUUAGAGUUGAUGCAGACUCAUUUGAUGGUAUUAUAGAACUUAGACCAGCACCUACUCCCCUUACUAGAGAGGAAAUUCUGAUGCAAACAGAAAUUCUUCACACAGUUUUUGGGAAGGAUCCAUCUGGGAAAAGACCAAAAAAACGAAAGCGCAAGGAUGAUGAGCCAUUAACCAUUUGGAAAAGGAGGUCUAUUUGGUUCAAGUUGCCAUAUUGGAAGGAUUUACUGAUGAGACACAAUUUUGAUGUCAUGCACAUAGAGAAAAAUGUGUGUGAUAACAUUGUUGGCACACUAUUAGGUCUUGAUGGCAAAUCUAAGGACAAUUUGAAUUCCCGCAAGGACCUUCAGGCUCUCAAUAUUAGGCAAGAUCUUCACCCUAUUGAAUUAGAAGAUGAUAAAUUUUAUUUACCUGCAGCACCUUACUCCAUGAGUCUAGAUCAGAAGAAGUUAUUCUGUGCAGUUUUAAAAAGUGUCAAGUUUCCUGAUGGUUGUGCAUCAGACAUACGUCGCAAUGUUCAAGUUAAUGAGAAAAAGAUAAUUGGGUUAAAGAGCCAGGACAGCCAUGUCCUUUUGCAACAUUUGCUUCCUUUAGCUGUUAGGAGGAUUUUACCAGAAAGAGUUAGUGCUGCACUGAUUCGUGUUAGCAACUUUUUCAAAGAAAUGUAUGCACCUGUUAUUCGUAUAAGUGACAUGCGAAAGCUACAGGCUGAAAUAGCUAAAACCAUUAGCGUUCUUGAGACAAUAUUCCUUCCUUCUUUUUUUGAUAUUAUGGUACACUUAAUGGUACAUCUACCUGCACAAGCACAAAUGGCUGGUCCAGUACAUUUUCGCAACAUGUACCCAAUAGAGAGGUAUUUGAUGAGGUGUAAAGGUUAUAUACGCACUAAAAGUCAUCCAGAAGGAUCAAUUGCUAAGGGCUAUUUGUUUGAUGAGAGUCUAACAUUUUGUUCCCGUUAUUUACAAGGCGAGACUAGAUUCACUCGCCGAGUUAGAAAUGAUGAAGGUUUACAUAGAGAAACCCGUAGAGGCCCUCCUUAUUUUUGCAAUAUUGGUCGAGGAUUGGUGGGAAAGUGUGCUGUGACAUUAGAUGACAAAACAUGGCUGCAAGCACAUAGAUAUGUCUUAUUCAACUAUGAUAACAUAGAACCUUACUUGCAAAAACACAAUGAUUAUCUUUCCUCAAUUGGUGUUCGAAGUAAACGAGAAAUUAAUCAUGUCCAGCAUAACACCUUUCAUGAAUGGUUUAAAUUACAUGUAGAUGAUAUACUUCAAAAUGGCGAGGAAGUAUCGGAGGAAAUUAUAAUUUUAGCUAUGCAGCCCAUGAAGUUUGCACAAAAGCGAAAAAAUGGCAAGUUCACAAGUGACGGGUAAAUCUGCUAGGCUACCCCAAUAUGAAGUCGAGAGGGAUGAACAGGUGGCAAGAAAUAAAGAAAUAAUGAGAGCUCUAAAUAUUGGGCGUAUAGUGAAAGAGCUAAAUGGUCUACGGGGAGCUAGCUCAUCAAAUCCUUCCAAGAAAAUAACAAAGACAACUCAUACUACAAGUGAGGCAGUACUUGCAGGUCCUAUUUUGUGUCCUAGGCCUAGAAGGGAUGACAUUGACAAUGAACAAGAAAUGGAUGUUUAGGAUCCUAGUUAUGAUCCCUCCCAUGACACUGAAGAAAAUGCUCUAGUUCUUAAUGCUGGCCAACUUGUCAACAAGAAAAGGAAUGGAAGGAAAAUCACGAGAAAGAGAGACAUACAUGAAAGAGGAGACCAACCUAAAAUUAAAAUUGAUGUAAAUGAAUAUGGUCAGCCAGUUGGUUAGUAUGCUGCAGGCUUUAAAAACUAUAUUGGAACGAGAAAGAGAGACAUACAUGAAAGAGAAGACCAACCUAAAAUUAAAAUUGAUGUAAAUGAAUAUGGUCAGCCAGUUGGUCAGUAUGCUGCAGGCUUUAAAAACUAUAUUGGAACAUUGGUAAAAAGUAUAGAGUCCCAUAUAAACAUGAUGACUGGAGGUUUGUUGAUCCCUCUAAAAAGUUUAAACUGUGGAUUGACUUGAAGUCAAAGUAUGAGGUUGAUCAAGGUGUUCUUAAUUUUGUGAUGGCAACAGCAGCAAAGAAAUGGAGGGAUUUUAAGGGAGACUUGAAAAAAAAUUUAUUCGAUCCAACCUUGAGUGAUGAGGAACUCAUUGCAAGGCGUGACGAGAGAGUUAAUGAUGAUGAUUGGGAGUGGCUUAUUAGUUUCUGGCGAUCUGAAAAAUCCAAGACUCGAUCAAAAAUAGGGCAACAAAAUCGUGCUCAACAGUCCUAGCCUCAUACAUCUGGAAGCAUGAGUUUUGCAUGUGUGGCUCAUGAGAAAGAAAAGAAACUUGGCUACAAACUCCGCAGAGAUGAACUUUUCGUCUUUACACAUACACAAAAAAAGAGGCUUCCUACAAAAGAUGCAGAAUCAACUAUU